GCACCUGUGUGCGCCGUUGGGUUUUCUCGCAUUUAUUUGGUAAACAUUCGAACAUACUGAUAAAAUAAUUCAUCUUUGCUCGCCAUGGACGAAGAAUACUACAACAAUGCUGCAGAAUGGGAGGGACAAGAUGGCAAUAUGGAGGAUGGAUUUGGGGAUGCUGAGACUGAUGGCAAAGUUCAGGAGGCGUGUCUGCAGAAAUUCUCCAGUAGAGACUAUAUCAUGGAGCCCACCGUAUUUAACACCCUGAAAAUGUAUUUCCAGGCAGGUGGUUCACCUGAGCAUGUCAUCCAGCUGCUUUCAGAGAAUUAUUCUGCUGUUGCACAAACGGUGAAUCUGCUGGCGGAGUGGCUCAUACAGAUGGGAGUGGAACCCGCCCAGGUGCAGGAGCGUGUAGAGAAUCAUUUGAAGAGUCUCUUGAUCAAACACUUUGACCCUCAAAAAGCAGAUUCAAUCUUCACCGUUGAGGGAGAGACGCCAGCAUGGUUGGAACAGAUGAUAGCACACACAACAUGGAGAGAUCUGUUCUACAAACUAGCUGAAGCCCAUCCAGAUUGCUUGAUGCUCAACUUCACUGUUAAGUUGAUUUCAGAUGCAGGAUAUCAAGGAGAGAUCACAAGUGUGUCCACAGCCUGCCAACAGUUGGAGGUUUUCUCCAGGGUCCUACGAACCUCCCUCGCCACACUCCUAGAUGGAGGAGAACAGAACCUGGAGAAAAAUCUGCCCGAAUUUGCGAAGAUGGUGUGCCAUGGUGAGCACACGUACUUGUUUGCUCAGGCCAUGAUGUCUAUCCUCGCUCAGGAGGAGCAGGGUGGCUCAGCUAUGCGCCGCAUUGGACAGGAAGUACAGAAAUAUGCCCACGAGAGGGGACACGAUGCCAGUCAAAUCACAUUAGCACUGGGCACAGCUGCAGCAUACCCGCGUGCAUGCCAGGCUCUUGGUGCCAUGCUGUCUAAAGGUGCUCUAAACCCUGCAGACAUCACAGUCCUUUUCAAGAUGUUCAGCAGCAUGGAUCCACCUCCUGUAGAGCUGAUUAGAGUUCCUGCCUUCUUGGACCUGUUCAUGCUGUCACUUUUUAAACCAGGAGCUAAAAUUAACCAGGACCAUAAACACAAAUAUAUCCACAUCUUAGCUUAUGCAGCUAGUGUUGUGGAAACUUGGAAAAAGAACAAGCGUGUGAAUAUAAAUAAGGAUGAGCUGAAGUCCACCUCUAAGGCCAUCGAGACUGUUCAUAAUCUCUGCUGCAAUGAAAAUAAAGGAGCUACAGAGCUAGUAGCAGAACUCGGCACAUUAUACCAGUGCAUCAGGUUUCCAGUGGUAGCAAUGGGCGUGUUGAAGUGGGUUGACUGGACGGUAUCUGAGCCUCGUUACUUCCAGCUACAGACGGAUCACACACCUGUUCAUUUAGCUCUACUGGACGAGAUCAGCACAUGCCAUCAGCUUCUUCAUCCUCAGGUUUUGCAGUUGCUCGUAAAACUGUUUGAGACAGAACACUCACAGCUUGAUGUCAUGGAGCAGCUGGAGCUCAAGAAGACCUUACUGGACCGUAUGGUUCAUCUGUUGAGUCGAGGUUAUGUGCUUCCAGUGGUCAGCUACAUCCGUAAAUGUCUUGAGAAACUCAACACAGACAUCUCACUCAUCAGAUACUUUGUUACAGAGGUUCUAGAUGUGAUAACUCCUCCAUACACCUCCGAUUUUGUCCAGCUCUUUUUGCCCAUCCUAGAAAACGACAGCAUAGCGGGAACAAUCCGCACUGAGGGAGAACAUGACCCUGUGGCUGAGUUCAUUGCACACUGCAAGUCCAACUUCAUCAUGAUGAACUGAGACCAUCUUACCAAAUUGCACCUUUGAAAUUGGUGGGAUCAUUGAAAAGUGGACGGGUCUAACCAUGAGACAAGACAAGAACGCUGUUUCACCAGAUGGAUGACCAAUAGGAGUUUGGCCAAUAUUGAGGGUCAUCAAUUUCAGUGUACAUAUGUUUUUGUACUGACCUUAUGAAACUAACAAAAAAGUUGACCUUCAAUAAGAACGUAGAAAAAAAAUUGUUUUUAGGUCACAUCUCUCAAAUUUAGCUUUGGAAACUAUUUGUGAUGUCGGUUUUUCUUUUUUGUAUAUUGAAAUUGACUUUCUUUUAUUAAAAAUGAUCGUACUAA